AGUUUGUUAUUUGCAGUCACUGAGCACUUGCUCCGCUUCAUUCUCAUCCAUCUUCCUCCUCGUUUUCGCUGGAUUCAAAGAAACAAAAAUGGCCUUUCGCUUCCGUCGUGAGGGGAACUACACGAAGCACCGCAAGCACAUGGAGAACAUGGGCUUGCAGCUAUCCUGUGCAAGAAAAGCAUCGUACUCGUACGAGGAAUCACAGUCAUGCAAGACAAAUCUCUUUUUCAAGCUAAGUCAGCAUGACAGAUUUCAUUUCUCAUGCUGAGCUAAUUUGUAUUGCAAUACUACGAGUAGUACGAUGCUUUUGCAAGAAUGCAUAACAGCCCUGGCUGGAUGAUUUCCGUUGGCGCGUGUGCAAUUUUCAGUACCACUGGUACCUUGGACCAAAAGCGCACCAGGCGAUCGAAGAAAAUGCAAUCGGACAAAGGGAAAUUCCGUAUUUGCAAAACAUUCCGAGUCGAGAACAACAUGUUGCAACAACUACAGGAGCGCGAAACACAGCAGCAGGUCAAGGUCUGGUCCAUCACGUUGCGAGAGGACAGCACAACCGGAGCGCCCCAUUUCGUACCUUCCUCCCGAACAUCGUGCCGCAGCGCAAGCUAUCAAAUGCAAAUAUCCCUGGACGUCUGGAAGAUUCCGAGAUGUGUCAUGCAGUUUUUCCAAGCUCCGCCAAGUCUGGAAUGCAGGCCCUAGGAUCACAGCUUCUUCAUCUUCCCCUUGGUGAUCCCUAUUCUGCAUGAGAAAUUUCCAAUGAGUCGGCAUGACCAGAAGUGGGCAACUUUUGCAACUCAUGCAACACAGAUUUUUGUAGCGAUGCAGUGGUCCGCAACAUGCAUCACAGAUUCGCACCCUUCUAGACCCAGACAUAUGCGCAAUGCAUACAAGCAGAGCAACCCCUUUUGCCUGUCGUCGCACAACAGCACCGGUUAUCAACUGCAAAAAUGUCUGGGUCUGGAAGAAUGCCAGACUUGUCAUGCAGGUUUUCCAUGACCCAUGAGGUCUGGCAUGAUCAUGAAGGACAUAGCAUGACAGAUUCUGUGAGAGUUCUAGCAUGCCUAUCGUCCUGCGUGAGAAACUGCCACUCGAUUAGGCCAAAAGUGGACAGCUUUUGGUAAUCAUGCAACACAGAUUUUUACAUGAUUCAGAUUUAGCAUGACAAGUUGUUUUGUUCCAGACCCAGACAUUUUUACAUUUGAUACCGGUUGGGUGGAAGCACGGGGCAGGACGGAGUUACUUACCGAAACGAAGCCGCGAACGAAGCACCAGGUGUCCGGUAUGGAUUGCAAAAAUGUCUGGGUCUGGAAGAUUGCAACUUGUGAUGCUAUUUUUGGAAUCUAAAAAAAUCUGUAUUGCAUGAGCAGCAAGUAGAGGCGUCCAGUUUUAGCUCCGCGUAGAGGGCAUUUCUCAUGCGGGAUAGGCAUCAAGAUGCCUGCAAAAAAUUUGUGAUGCUGGGGCAUACACCACAGAGAUCACGGGUCAUGCAAAAUGUCCAUGACAAACCUUGCAUUCUUCCCGACCCAGACAUUUUUGCACUUGAUAUCCGGAACCGAUGACCGCAUUCCGGAGAUGCCGAAGUUCAGGUGAAGGAUGGUGAGCAAGAACACGAGUACGACCUCCGGGGUUGCAUUUUCCAUAUAUGUCCUGCUCACACGAACAGUCAGUCACACGAACAGUGUGUCAGAUAGAUACUCACAGUCAGUCACACGAACAGUGUGUCUGACAGUCAGUCAGAACAGUGUGUCAGAUACAGAACAGUGUGUCUGACAGUCAGAUAGAUACUCACAGAACAGUGUGUCAGACAGUCAGUCACACGAACAGUCAAUAGAUAGAUACUCACAGCCACACGAACAGUGUGUCAUUUUUUCACUACCCCAACCACUCUGACAGUCAACUGUAAAAGGCGGUAAUAAAAGAAAACUGGUAUACAAUAGUAGGCUCGAUAGCCCUUGUAGGGGCGUGAAAGUUGUUCUUACUAGAUUAUCACUUUUUCUAUUUUACCGCGAAGUAGUGACAUCAAAUAGAAGCACAGGAGACUUGGUAGAAAAAUUUCGAACCUUCGAGAAACAUUGGUAUAUGAAAAAACACGAGAAACUUUAAUUGUGUUGCUUUAUAUCCUUCCUCCCGAACAUCGUGCCGCAGCGCAAGCAGAGCAACCCCUUUUGCCUGUCGUCGCACAACAGCACCGGUUGGGUGGAAGCGAGGGGCAGGACGGAGUUACUUACCGAAACGAAGCCGCGAACGAAGCACCAGGUCUCCGGAACCGAUGACCGAAUUCCGGAAAUGCCGAAAUUCAGGUGAUGAAAUAAGAUGAGCAAGGCAGCAGGGGGUCGCAUUUUCAUCAAUUAUGUUCUACCUCCUUGGGCUUGACGCUGACGCACAGUUUCUACUGCAGCUGUGUUGCUAAGGACAAUGAGAAUGAAGUGUUGUUCGGGACAAUGAAGCUCUCUCGGCGGGGGCCGCGCAAAAACGAUUUUAUUUCAAAAAAAGCACCACUGCAU